AUUUAUUUUACCAGUGAAAACCACCGACCUUGUUUGAGGAUAGUUAGUACAUUUCAGUUUUCCUCUCACAGUUUCAAAAUAUCUCACAAGAUAGAACUGAAAGACUAAAUACAGGCAACUCUGUCGUGGCCUUUAAUUAUUUCAACCACCGAAGGAGGUAGACGUCUCGACCUCUCUUUAAUCAAGAAACGAUACAAAGGAUAUUUACCAAAAAUGACUGAAACCCUCAAGAAAUAUCCCAACAUACCAGUUCACAUUGUUGAAGAUCACCAAGAUGUCUUGCAUCACAUCCUACGAGCUGUUGGAUCUAAACAUCUUCCUUUCACCAACAACUUGCUUAUCCAUUUUGAUUCCCAUCCAGACUUACUUAUUCCUGCAGAACUCAAAGCGUCUGAGGUGUACGAUGUCCCUGUCAUGAUUCAGAAAUUGAGCAUAGAAAAUUGGAUUCUUGGUGCUACAUUUACUGGACAAAUUUCCUCAAUUGUUUGGAUUAAGCCUCCAUGGUCAAACCAGAUAGAAAAUGGCAAUUACAAGUUCCUAAUUGGAAAGCUAAAAGGUUCUGAUGAAAUUAGGGUUUCAUGUCCAAUUUUAUAUUUUGUUGGUGAAAUGCUUUAUUGUAAAACUGACAAUCUCGAAGACACUAAGGAAGUGAGUCUUUAUGUUCGUACAUUAGAAUUUGAAUACAACGUGAAAGUGGAACAAGAUGUUCUUAGUCUGAUUCAGGAGCAUGGGGAAAAUUAUAUUUUAGAUAUUGACUUGGAUUUUUUUACCACUAUGAAUCCUUUUGUUGCAAUGCAUGACAAAGUAAAUAUGUACAAUAGGCUAAAAGAAAUUUAUAGUUUCAGCUUUACUGCUUCACAAGAAAGUGACAUUAUUGAUGCUCAAGUACAAAAAAGAUGUGAACAAAUAAGAACAUUGAAGGAGAUAUUUUAUCACCUCCAAGAACUUGAAGAUAUUGAGCUUAUUCAGGAAAAAGUUUGUGGAAUAUGUGAAACUAUAGAAGAUGUGCAGAAGAGAGAGUCAGUGGUCAAGUUGAUUCAGGACCUGGCAAGUGAAUAUGGACCUGAAGUCGACUGGGAGCUGGUACAUGAUGCAGGGAGUACUUGUGAUGAUGAAAAUCAUGAACUGCCUCACCACAUUUCUUCCGAUGAAGAGAUUGACAAGUUGAUGCAGUCGACACGUAAGCUUGUAACCUCAUUGCCACCCCCAGUGAUGAUAACUAUGGCGCGCUCAAGCCUGGAUGACUAUUGUCCACCUGACCAAGUUGACAUGGUUCAAGAAUGUGUUUGUAAUUUUUUAAAAGAAAUAUAUAGUGUUGAUUGGGAAAGGCACUAUGAAAAUGAGUAAGUGUGAUGAAUAUAAAGUUUGGUUUUGACUUUGUCCUGUAAUGUUAUAUGGUAAAUUGUACUGUACUGUAUAUUACAGUACUCAACUCCAUAUUUAACUCCUGUUUAUGGAACUCUCAUCACAACAAACCCACAAGUUAUAAAUUAAACUUUGAUAUAUUUAGGUUCAUCCUAGACCUUUAUACAGUCAGGACCUGAUAAUGGGCCUGGAUUAAUUUUGUCCCAUAUUUUAUUUUUAAUGUGUGGGCUUGUUGUGAUUGUUCUAGUCAUUGUACAUAUUGUGAUUGUUAUUCUCUAUAAAUCUUCAUUUGAAAUAACUUGAAAUAAUCUUGUUUUACUAUUUCUGAUAUAUUGUACAGUAUUGCUUUUUGCCAUUUGAAUAUUAUUUUAUCAAAAAUCUUACUUGAUUACUUUCAUCCUUGUACUGUAAGAGAGAAAAAGUGAUAUGGUAUCCUGGCUUGGGUAGAUUAUAAUGGCAAUCAGCAAUAGCCUGGUUGAUAAGACAUUCACCUGGGAAGCUUACCUUCAGAGUAGACUGCAAGCAGUGAAGAGCUUAAUGGUGAUGUCAGGUGCAUUAAUGUAUUCAAAAUUGGUUGUUGUAAGUUUGCUGUAUAGUACAGUAUGAUCCUUAAUAGUUAAGUUAUGUCUUUGAACAUAAUAAUGUAAUUAGCUUUUCACAGCUUUAUAUGACUUGUAUAGCUUUAGCACUUCUACAUAAAUAUUAUAAUAA